CACGUUGGGCCAAGCGAACACAUAUAAUGCAACCUGCAAUGAAAGAUACGCGUGACAAACUCGGCUUCAAGUUUGGCGCAACCUGCCUCCCAAGCUGCCCCGCGGGUCAAGCCGCAUCAGCAGCCCUGAGCCUCCCGCCCCUCCCUUCCGGCUCAUUUUGCUGGCGACUCGCCGCACAGGGGCGCUGUUUGAUUAGCUGCUUAGAGCGCGUUCCGUAGCUUGAGCUUUCACAGGUCGUAAGCCGCGUCCUCGCCUGCUCAGUCAUAACAUCUCCGCCCAAGUCUGCAGCUGCCAUGGGCAACCAGCAGAGCACGCUGCUGGACGAGCACCUCCGCUGCAGCAGCAGCGGCAGGGGCGCGGGCGAAGCAGGCGGCGGCAGCGGUCUGGAUUUCCUGGCGGGCUUCAAUCUGAACGGCCUAAAUCAGAUGCUCGGUGGCAUCCCCAGCCAGCAGCCUCUGCACCAGCAGCAACACAAGGGCCGUGGCGGAGGCGGCGACGGCGUCGCCGUCGGACCGGCGGACCUGCCUCCUGCGACCCCAGCGACCACCUCUGCCGCGCAGCCCUCCGGACCCGCCGGCUCCGCCUGGAGCUUCCUGGCCCCCGCCGCCGCAGCCGUGUUCAACAGCAUCGCACACACGCCCGAAGGCUGGGGCGAGAGCGGCACGGGCACGAGUGCCGGCGCCACCCCCGUAUGGUCGUCACCUCCCUCAUGCUCUUCCCCCGCAACCGUCGCAGCGUCGGCUGCGGCUGCCGCCGCCGCAGCUGCUGACAAGGAGGCGGCGGCGCUGGCGGCGGCGGCCCUGGCGGCCAUGCCGGCGCGCUCGCUGGCGCAGCCGGCCUUUGAGCUGCCGCCGCCGAACCGAAUGGCGGCGCAGCUGAAAGGUUACGGAGUGGAUCCAACCGCCGACCUCAGCCUCACGUCACUCAUGUGGCGGGCGGCAGCGGCGGCUGCAUCUGACGGAGGCGGCGGCCGCGCGGGCGCGGGAGAGGAGCAGGAGGGGGCGGUGGAGGGGGCGGAGGGCACGGAGUGGGAACUUGGCAGUGGUUUGGAGGGGCUCGAGGCGGUGGGGUACGGCGAGGUGGACGUGGCGCCAGCGGGGCCGCAGCCGGUGGUGGCUGGAGUCUGUCUGGGGCCGCCGUUGCUGACAGACGAGGAGGCUGGUGCCGCCGGCGGUGGGGAGCUCACCACCUCCUCCUGCCCGCAGCAGCAGGGGCAGCAGCAAGGGCCGGUCGCGUCAGGGGUACUGCAGGGCGCGGCGCAGCCGCCGCUGGUGCUGGGCUGUGUAACGCUGGUGGAGACGGGGCCGGGCCAGGGCGUGGGGUCAGCAGGCUGCGCCACGCGGGCUGAGUGGGACAUCCCGUUGCGCCACUGCGGCGCGUUCACACCCGACCCAGCCGCCGCCGCCGCCACCGCGUCCGCCACCCCCGGCCGCACCGCCAGUGAGCCGUGCGGCUGCAACGUGCGCGUGGUGUCACCCACCUUCAGCGUGCCGGCAGGCGGCGGUGGCAGUGGUGGGGCUGGCGGCGGCGGCGGCGGCGGGUCAGCAAUGUCCAACUGGCGGCUGUGCUGGUCGCUGUUCGACCACGACUCCAGCCGCGUGUCCCUGUACCUGCUGCACACGCCCGCGCCUGCCGCCGCGCCUGCUGGCGCGCCUGCCGCCGCGCCUGCGGGCGCCGCCACUGCUGCCGCGCCUGGUGCUGCUGCUCCCACUCCGAGCACUACAGCUGCUGCUGCUGCUGCUGCUGCUGCUGCGCCGCCCGCGCCGUCCCCAGUGGGCGACCGUGGCGCGGCGGCGUCACAGCCGUUAUUGGGCGCGGGGGCCAGCCGUGGCCGGGACCUGAAUGGGGGCCAGCAGCCUCAGCCGGUGGCCGAGACGUCGGUGGGGGCCGCUGCUGCGGCCGCGCCGGGUCCGGAGGGGGACUGGUGGCUGACGUGGCGGCUGGAGGCGGCGGGCCUGCUCGACACAGGGGAGCCGGCGGUGCGCGUGGCGGUGCCGGGCGAGCUGUCGCACCUGUUCCGGCCUGGCGGCCGCGGCUGGGGCGUGCAGGCGCUGCUGUCCGCCGCCGAGCUGGACGUGCUGCUGGCGUGCGCCACCCUGCGAGUGACCGCCACACUGGUGCACCCGCCCAUGCCGGCGGAGGUGGUGCUGCGGACCGGCGCCGCCACCGGCAGUGCUGCCGCCGCCCCUGCCACUGGCACUGGCACUGCUACUGGGGGCGGCAUGGCUGGCGGCGUGGAGUCGGCGGUGGCGGCGGCGGCAGCGCAGAGUCAGCAGCAGCAGCAGCAGCAACAGCGGCGGCAGCAGCAGCUGGCCCGGCUGAGGGCGGCUCACACGGCGGCGGCUGCCGCGGCGGCGGCUGCUACUGCGCUGCCUCGGCCUCGCGCACUGCGUGACACGCUCAAGUUUGACGUGAUGCUGGCCAGCCUGAGUCCGCGUGUGUUGGUCGUGGACGGCUUCCUGCCGCCGGGGCUGUGCGACGCGCUGUGCGCCGUGGCGGCGCCGCGACUCAUACGCAGCCGCGUGUCCACGGGCGCUGAGACGCCCAGCCGCGUUAGCCAGUCCACCUUCUUCACGGGCGACAGCGCGCGGCUGCCGGAGGUGGUGGCGGUGGAGGCGCGGCUGCAGGCGCUCAUGGAGCGGCCCGAGGUCACCGCGGGGGGGCGGCCCACGCUGGUCAAGAGCGAGGCGCUGCAGGUGGUGUCGUACGACGUGGGCGGCUUCUACUCGGAGCACUACGACAACAAGACCGGUGGCGUCAUCAGCCGCGCCGCCACCAUCAUCAUCUACCUGCAGGACACACAGGCCGGCGGCAGCACCCACUUCCCCAAGUCCACCGGCCUGCCGGCGCUGCGCUGCCUGCCGCCCGCACGCCACUGCCUGGCCGCGCUGCCGCACUGCAGCCAGCAGCUGCGGCUCAUGCGCGUGGCGCGGCCCGGACUGCGCGUCUACCCCGCGAAGGGCCGAGCGCUCAUCUUCUGGUCGCGGCUGCCCGACGGCAGUGAGGACCUGGCCAGCCUGCACUCGGCCGAGCCGGUGCGCGCCGGCAGCAAGUGGAUCUGCACACGCUGGUUCAAGGAGCUGGCGGCGGCGGAGCCGUAGGGGGCGGUCUGCAGGGGCUCCAUGGUUGCCGGCGGCGCAGCUGCUGUGCUCAAGCAAGCGCCCCCCACGGCGCUGCCGAGAGCUGCAGCGCGCCGCAAGACAUGUGAGAGCUGUGUGGCAGCUGGUGCGUGCAGCUGGCCGCGGUCUGAAGUGCUGUGCUGUGUAUAUGUGUGGCCGGGCAGCCGCCAGCUCGCCCCCCAUGUAGACAGACAUGUAGAGGGCCGGCGAGCUGGCGGCGUCCCCCGUGUGUUGCCGCCCUGUAGCUGAACUGGCGGUGAGUGCCCAAGUUGUAAAACGCCGUGCCG